AUGAGGAUGCGACCCGCCACUCUCGCCCCGGCUCUGCGUGGUGCUCGCCGCUCGCUCCCGCUCAAUGGCAGCUUAGCCACUGCCACCGGCUCACCCGCGCGCCGCUCCGCCUCCUCGCUCUCCCAACGGCCGGAUUCGAGCUUCGUCCAGUUCCCGGGGGCUGUCAAGUCCGCCUUCACCACCAAGCUCCAGUUCGAGCAGCCCUCGUCCCAUGAUGCCAUGCCUACCUACCGAGCUGUUGACCAGAGCGGCAACGUCGUUGACCCGUCCUUCAAGCCGGACCUAAAAGACGAGGAGGUGAUCAAGUUAUACAGGGACAUGCUGCUCGUCUCGAUAAUGGACAUCAUCAUGUUCGACUCCCAGCGGCAGGGCCGAAUCAGCUUCUAUAUGGUAUCAGCUGGCGAGGAAGCCGUUUGUGUGGGGUCGGCCUCGGCGUUGACCAAGGAAGAUGUCAUUUUCUGCCAGUACAGGGAGCAGGGAGUCUUUGCGCAAAGGGGAUUCACCCCAAAGGACUUCAUGAGCCAGUUGUUUGCCAACAGGAUGGACCCUGGAAAGGGGCGAAACAUGCCGGUCCACUACGGGAGCAAGGAGUUGAACAUCCACACAAUCUCGUCACCCCUUGGGACACAGAUCCCCCAUGCAUCAGGUGCCGCGUACGCCCUCAAGAUGCAGCGCCUGCAGAACCCUGCCACGCCGGAGCGAGUAGUCGCAGUCUACUUUGGCGAGGGCGCCGCCUCGGAAGGUGACUUCCACGCGGCUCUUAACAUUGCCGCGACGCGCUCCUGUCCUGUGGUGUUUAUCUGCCGGAAUAACGGCUACUCGAUCUCGACACCCGUGCUGGAACAGUAUCGCGGGGACGGGAUCGCCAGUAGAGGAGUAGGCUACGGCAUCGAGACAAUAAGGGUCGAUGGCAAUGACAUAUGGGCCAUCCGCGAGGCCACCAAGAGGGCAAGGGAGAUGGCCCUGCAAGACGGCGGAAAACCCGUGCUCAUCGAAGCACUGACGUACAGGGUAGGCCACCACAGCACCUCGGACGACUCGUUCGCGUACAGGGCGCGCGUGGAGGUUGAGGACUGGAAGCGACGGGACAAUCCAAUCUCGAGACUGCGCAAGUGGAUGGAAGCCAAGGGGAUCUGGGACGAACAAAAGGAGAAGGAGGCGCGAGACAGCAUCCGGAGGGAGCUGCUCAAGGCGUUCCAGGAAGCAGAGAAGGAAAAGAAGCCACCAAUUCGGGCAAUGUUUGAGGAUGUGUAUGAGGAGCUGACGCCAGACCUGAAGAAGCAGAUGAGUGAGCUGAGAGAACACCUGGACAAGUACCCGGACGAGUACGAUGUUGGAGAGUUCGAAGGCGGCAAAGAGACGUUGAAACCAUAG